UCUGUUGCGCUGCGGGGGGGGCUGGGGGAGCGGCGCUCGGAGGCUGUCGGGAAGUUGGCGGGUGACGUGAGGUUGACGUGCUCAGCGGCGGGUUUGCCGAGAUCAGUGGCCGGCGGCCGCGGGUGCCCGGGGCGGCCAGAGUCCCAAGUGGAGCGGGGCGGUGUGUGGCCGGGGCCAUGACGGGCAAUGCCGGGGAGUGGUGCCUCAUGGAAAGCGACCCCGGGGUCUUCACCGAGCUCAUUAAAGGAUUCGGUUGCCGAGGAGCCCAGGUAGAAGAAAUAUGGAGUUUAGAGCCCGAGAAUUUUGAAAAAUUAAAGCCAGUUCACGGGUUGAUUUUUCUUUUCAAGUGGCAGCCAGGAGAAGAACCAGCAGGCUCGGUGGUUCAGGACUCCAGACUUGACACGAUAUUUUUUGCUAAGCAGGUGAUUAAUAAUGCGUGUGCGACCCAAGCCAUAGUCAGUGUGUUACUGAACUGCACCCAUCAGGACGUCCACUUAGGAGAGACCUUAGCAGAGUUUAAAGAAUUUUCACAAAGCUUUGAUGCAGCUAUGAAAGGUUUGGCACUGAGCAAUUCAGAUGUGAUACGACAAGUACACAACAGCUUUGCCAGACAGCAAAUGUUUGAAUUUGAUGCAAAGACCUCAGCAAAAGAAGAAGAUGCGUUUCACUUUGUCAGUUAUGUUCCUGUUAAUGGAAGACUGUAUGAAUUAGAUGGAUUAAGAGAAGGACCGAUUGAUUUAGGUGCGUGCAAUCAGGAUGACUGGAUUGGCGCAGUGAGGCCAGUCAUUGAGAAAAGGAUCCAGAAGUACAGUGAAGGUGAAAUUCGAUUUAACUUAAUGGCCAUUGUGUCUGACAGAAAAAUGAUAUAUGAACAGAAGAUAGCAGAGUUACAAAGACAGCUUGCUGAGGAGGAACCCAUGGAUACAGAUCAGGGUAAUAUGUUAAGUGCUAUUCAGUCAGAGGUUGCCAAAAAUCAGAUGCUUAUUGAAGAAGAAGUACAGAAAUUAAAAAGAUACAAGAUUGAAAACAUCAGAAGGAAGCAUAAUUACCUGCCCUUCAUCAUGGAGUUAUUAAAGACAUUAGCCGAACACCAGCAGUUAAUACCGCUGGUAGAAAAGGCAAAGGAAAAACAGAAUGCAAAGAAGGCACAGGAAACCAAAUGAAGAUGCUUUGGGAUAUGUUCACACUUCUGCUUCUGCACUUAUUUUCAUGGAAACAUUAAGUUUGAAGAACUUUGAGCAACACCCUCUUGACUCUGCACGUUUGGCAGCAGUACCCGUCUGUCUCGUCUGUAAUGCAUGGACUCAUACACCUUCCCUACUGCAUCAUGUGCAUGUAGUGCCUAUUAAAUAAAAGGAUGCUAAGAGUGCCUGCCCAACGCCAUUGUGUGACAUUGGAUCUGAGGAUAUAGAAGUACCGUAAUGAACCUAGAAAAUGCACAAAUGAUAUUCUCUAUCUCUAAUUGUUACAAUUAAUCUUUCGAUCUCGUAGCUCAGUUAAAUGCUUAAAAUGUAUAAAUGUCAGAUCUUGAUUAAACUGGAUCUCUUGUUUCUUUCCAUCAUGAUCUAAUGAAAAAAAAAUCAGUGUUUCUGUGUUUGAUAGCUAAAUAUUUUGAGGAUUUUAAAACUGAAUUUUAUCCCUCAUACCAAUUAUUUGAAAAAGUAUGAUUUUAAUGAAAAGCAUUUGAAAAGGACAAAAGUACAGUUUCUAGUGAUUUUCACUGCUGCCAGUAGAAAAAGUAAUAAACAUCCCAAUUUUAUUUUCACAAACUUUCUUGAAGUGUUUGGGGUUAUUUAUUUAUUGUAGAAUUGUCUCAGGAAGGUAUAUUAUUUUCAAAGCAAAAUUUCAGGCAAAGAACACAUCUUAAAGAUUUUGGGUGUUACUCUCAGUUUUUUAAGCUGGUAAGCUGUAUCUUUGUAAAAAAUGAGGUGUUUGACAAUUCAGGGUUAUCUGCUUUUUAAAAAAAGGAUGGUAAUGGUGGAGGAUCCUUACAUGCCAAUUUGAACAAAAUUAGUCCUGUCCAGUAGUUUCUAAGAGCCAUAUACAGUUUGCCCACAGUGGAGUUUUUUUCAUUGCUUUAGGGAAUUGCUUUGUUUUUUAUUUUAUACAAAUAAUAUUGUAUUCUUGCUCCUAAUCUUUUCCAAGUUAAAUUUUAAAGGAAGUUUUAUUAAACUUUUUAUAAAGGAAAUCCUUUUUUUUUUUUUAGGCACGUUUCUAAAAUUGGUACAUGACUUUUUAACAUUGUAUUAUGGAAAAGUUUAAACAUAUGUAGGGAGACUGUGUACCCAUCUAUCUUCAAACACAUGAAUUUUUUUUUAAGGAUUGUCUUUAAGCUUACUUCAUUGUGGUAUUACAUAAUGUCAGAAAACCUGGUCGGAAAUUGAAUAGAAAAAUUAAUGAAUUAUUUUUCAUAUAUAAUUUCAGGUGAAGGUAAUACAGAAGAACUUUUAGUUCUUCAUUUGUUUGUGGGUAAGUAUAUCUUGUUCUGGGUAUGAUAGUAAUUAUGGAGUGUUUUCAAAGCCGUGAUACAAUUUUAAAAAUUGGUUUCGUAAGAAUUAUUUUAUCUUGAUCCCAUUCAUUUAUUUCAAUUUAUGUAUCCUCUUUUAUGGAGGCUUAAAUUUUUUAAAGCAGUUCAGGGAGUAUUGUAGUAAGGAGUAUCUAGCAAUUAAGAUCGUGACACUGGCAUAAGUCAGUGUUCUAGAAGAGAGAGCGUGAAAACAAAUACACAGUUCUGUGGUCACUUGAUUUUUGACAAAGGUAGCAAAGCAAUCCAACAGAGAAAGUCUUUUCAACAAAUGGCACUAAAACAGAGAAGCAUCCAUGUGAGAAAAAAUGAAUCAUGACCCCCCCACCUCACAAAAAUGAAUUUGAGAUGGAUCAUAGACCUAAAUGUAAUCACUAGAGCUUUUUAUGGGAAAACAUGGGUGAGUAUCUUUGUGACUUGAUGGCAGCAAAGGUUUCUUAGGUCGCAGAAGGCAAUACAUAUAAACGAUCCAAAAUUAGUGUUCAUCACAAUUUAAAACUUGAUAUUGAAAGAUGCUUUUCACAAGAGUCACUAGGAUCAUAUGACAUUUAAAAAUAGCUAUAAAACGAAUGUGUAAGUGGAUGUAAGG